AUGAGUCGCGAGGAAACUAAGGCUGCUGCUUACAUUCACCAACUGAAUGAAGCAAGAUGUCACGGAAAUUGGAGCGCAGUACCUGAGCUCCUUCGAAAAAUACGAAAAUACUCCCAACAUCGAUCAUGUCUCAUCACGGCAGCCGAAUGCGAAUACACCCUAGCUAUGGAAGCGCAUAAAAAUAUUACAAUAAUUAAUCCACCACUCCCAAUAGUUCUCAACACUACCACAACAUCCAUUUCCUCGACCUCUCUAGGAAUCUCUAAAUUCAUACCAGUAUUGGAAGAGUCCAUCAGUAAAGAUAAGACGCACAACGAAGAUUGGUUUCAAGCACAGGUUUGCUUGGGUUGGAUAUACUGGCAAUUGGGUGAAUUUUCUUCGGCUAUCGCAAAACUUCCUAGUAAUAUCGUUCAGGAAUAUGCAGAAGUAGAUAGUUCAGAGAAUAAAGUAUCUGAGUGGACUAAGCUAUGCGCCAUCAAGGCUUCUUACAUUAAAGGCAAUUCACUUCAGAAGAAUAACUUGGUUUCGGAAGCUUUAGAUACACUUGAAUCUGCACUACCGAUACUGCUAAGUUUAUUAGAAAGCAUCAGGUACAAAAACGAAAUAUUAUUGUGGGUAGAACUCUUCUUAACUAGCUUAUGCAUGCUAUGUAGCGAAGUGGUCAAAACAAGAACCUCAGCAACUCUACAAACUGAUACACUAUCUGCAUUCAGAUCAUGGGCGAAAUUCUGGGAUGUUCAGGAUUCGGUGCCAGCUUCUGUUCAGAAUAAAUGUGCCGAGUCUUCUCGAAGGCAUGUCUGGAGGGAAUAUUACAUCACAUUGUCACAUCUUAUAAGACAUGACCUACCAUAUCCCACUACAGCUUUGUCAGUAGCAUACCCCGAGGUAUCUACAAGAUAUCAACAGAGAGCUGAGCUUAAGAAAGUUGAAUCUCAGUAUGAAAAGAUUCUUAUGAGCGAGGCUCCGUUUCCUACUGCCGAAAGUAACGAUGAAGAAGUAGAAGCUUUUGUUGAAGUUGUAAUGCAAAAUUGGCGAAUUAUUUGUGGUUAUGCAUGGAAAGAAACUGAUCUUGGCGAUGGUGGAGCAGUAGCCGUCAGUAGGGAUGUUCUCGAAAUUCUCUACAGAGCCUCCAAAAAAACAUUUCACUCGACUACCAUUCUUCGCUAUCUCUUUACCGUGCAUCUGACCAUUGCAGAGUUCGACUUGGCCUUUAAGGCAUUCGAAACUUUUAUGGACAAAGUAACAAAAGGUAGAUCACGACAGAGGGGACCAGUAGAAAACGACGAUGAAAUUUUUGGCGAUGAAGUCUUUAUAAAGACGACCUGUGAGUAUAUCAAGGCCAUAUGCCGCUAUGGAUACUUUGAAGAGGCCAAUUAUGCAAAUAAGACCUGCAAGUAUUUGGAGGAUUGGUUAAACGCGCAUUUCUCGGAUAACCCCAAUCCAGAGGACAGAAGCUCUCAUGACGAGCCAUCAUUAUCUCCAAAACCUAAAGUUUCACCCCAAACUAUUGCUCUAGCAUGGCGUUGUGUUGGAAUCGGAUAUGCGCAAUAUGCUCAACUAACCUUUGAUGCCACAUCUAGAUCCGAUAUGCAAUCUAAAGCAGAGAAGUACUUUCGAAAAUCACUUCUACCGCAAUUUGAAAGCACAAGAGAACCGGAGACAAUUUUCGCUCUCGGGCUUCUUCUUGCAGAGCAGAGACAACUAUCUGAUGCAAUAGAAGUUGUAAAAUGUGGUCUUCUACCAAUUUCAUCAGAUACGCAUUCAAUUGAAAAUUUAAAUCAUACCAGAUGCUCACAAAGAGAAAUUGUGUUAAUACCUCUAUGGAAUCUGAUGUCGCUGCUUCUCAGUGCUCGCCAAAAAUUUUCUAUGGCUAGCAAGUCAUGUGCGGGUGCCUUUGAACAAUUUCAACAUCAAGUAAAAUCAUCUUCUGGGAACACUGAUCCAAUUGAAGGUAGUACAUACCAAUAUAAGUUUGAAGUACAAGCUAAAAAAACCAAAGGUGUGAUUGAAGUCAUGAAUGAAUUCGAGAAAGAGAAUCUACUUGAUAUCAAAAUGACACAAUUGGCGUUAAUAGAGGUUUUAGAAGGACCUGAGGUCACCGUAAAUGCUUGCGAUGAACUACUAAGCUUAUUUGCAAAACUUUUUGGAGAUAUCAAAGAGGAUCGACCACCAGUUGAUCAAUUACCUGCAAUGUCAAACCACUCCAUGGGGCCCAUCAAAGGGAGUUUAUUUGGCUGCUCAGCGCGAAGAGUUCAUACUAACACUGAUUCUCUUAUGGCUCGUCCAGCAUCUCCUAAAACAAAGAUAACAAAAACACCAAAAAUUCAAGUCACUGGUGAAGAUAUCCAGGUAGCCACACAAAAGACUACUGGAGGAAAUGAGCCUAGUCAACGUACUGAUUCUCAAGUGAACUCGAUUAAAUUCCUCAAAAAGAAUAUGAAUGAAUCUCACAGAAAUGAAGAGGCAAAUUUCACUGCAUCGCAGUAUCAAGAGGACAAUACUCAAGUUCGAAUGUCUGAGGAUCAGGAAUCAAGAACAAUGAUAGAAACUGCCAAAGACCAAAUUUCCGAACAUUUUACUGGCAAAGAAUCUCAUCCUCAAGGGCAAAUGUUUGGAGCCAUAAACCCAGAAAGUUCUAGCAAGAACUACUUAGCAAUGCAAUCAAAAUCAGUGACUGAAGAUCCUAAGAUUAUAUCUCAUACUCAGGAAAAUCAGGGUAUUAGAUUCCUUGAUCACUCCUGUCUUAACCCAGCUGUUCGCUUCUCGAAUGAUCAGCAAAGAAGAAGAAAACUAGCUAUUCUCAUUAAGGUUUGGCUCAUGAUUAGUGGAUUAUACCGACGAGCCUCUUUUUAUGAAGAUGCACAUGGUGCCAUUAAUGAAGCACACCAGCUUAUGAGUGAGAUUGAUACUAGUAUCAUGAAGGAAAUGAAAGGCUCUCAAUCAGUUUUUGGUGCUGGAUUGAGUUUUAGAAAAAGACCCGGGGAAGUCUGGGGUGAUAUCUACGCUGAACUUGGCUAUCUUGCCAUUGCAGAAAAGUCGCAUCACUCUGCACUGAUGCACUUUGAGACUGCCCUAACACAUUUUCGUGACCAUCCUAGUGCAAUUAUAGGUCUUUCUGGCAUUUUAAUAGAUAUCUACACUCAAGAGCUUCUUCCACCCCCCCCAAUUCCAACCAUCACACCCCCCGAUAAUAUUUUUCCUUCAUCUUCAACUUCAAAUGUAACUAUUCGACAAAACUUAAAAUCGUCUUUAACAAGCAAGAGGUCAUCCACUAUCCAAAUAGCACCGGCAAGACCUCUUGGAUUUCCUGUGACCAUAAAAAGCGGCAUAACUGUAGAGAGGCAACCGAAACAUGUUGAUCUUGGAAGUGGCACUUGCUUCUCUCGUGAAUUCAGCCACAAAGAUCCAUCUACUUUGUUGCUUGAUAGAUUAGCUGCACGAGAUAGAGCUUUUGGGCUUCUCCGUACCCUUACAAACACUGGUGCAGGCUGGAAUUGUAGUGAUGCAUGGUUUGUACUCGCAAGGGCAUACGAAGAGAGCGGGCAACUCGAGAAAACAAGAGAAGCUCUUUGGCGGUGUGUAGAACUAGAAGAAAACAAAGGAGUGAGAAGCUGGGGUGUGGCUGGAAGUGGUGGAUAUGUGCUUUAG